AUCCGUUCAUGCGCAGUGCGUACCAAGCCGCGAACAUGUCGCUCACCAAAUCCGUGUACAAUCUUCUCUUCAGGAGAACAUCCACUUUCGCUAUAACCAUCAUGGUUGGAGCAGUCUUCUUUGAGCGGCUAUUCGACCAAGGUGGCGACGCGAUUUUUGAACAAAUGAAUCGCGGGAAACUAUGGAAACACAUCGAACAAAAUUACCAGAACAAAGACGAGGAAUAGGACGCGGCAGCGGGGUCGUCUAAGGCUGAAGUGCAACUGUUGUCACACUUCCUUCUUCCAUUCUCCCUGAGUUCCUCACCUGAAACAAGUCAACAUGGACACUUUGCCCCAAGUCAUGCCCAGGCUGGCAGCGGCGACCAGAGGACCUGUGGGAGCUGACUGACUGACUGACUGACUGACCGACCGACCACCAUGAAGAUGGAGCAAUGGUUCCUGUCACCUCGUCUCACCCUCCCUGUCAUUUGUAAUACCUUCGUUCUUCUCACAGAUUGUAAAUGGUUAAAUUAAACAUAUGUUAAUGUCUUA